CAAAAGAACUAAAUUAUGAUCGCGAAAAAUACGUUCAUACGACACAGCCUUCACAUCGUUUUGUAAAAACAAAAAAAAAACUUUCCUUGCACUCUCGUUUUUCAUCUUUGAGGGACCUUCAUUUCUACUCUGAAAACUUGUCAAGACCAAUAAAUUAUGAUGUCAAGUUUCAUUAUAUUAUUUUCAUAAAAACGUAACAAAUAUAAAAAUGGAGCCUUCUCUUGCUUUUCGCUAAUCUUGUAAUUGAUUUGUGCUUGUAAAAUUGACAAAAACAACCUAAUCAGUAUGUCUUGUCGAGACAAAUCUGUUGUGCUUGAAUUAAUGGCAUUGAAGAAACCAACAGCUUUGGACGAACUUAUUAACUCAGUACCAAAGCCUAAAGGAGCAACACCAAAUUUCGGUUUACCAAGAUGGAAAGUCAUGCCAUUAGAAUCAAAAAUUCCAAUGAUCCCUGGCCCCAAGGGAUCUUACCACUUUACUCGAAACAAGAUUGGAAAAAAGCUUUGGGUCGGUUCUGUGGAUGCACAAUUUGAUUUAAGUGAUCCAUACAAUUAUGAAGCAGAGUGGAUCUACGAUCCGUUACACGACGAACAUCUAAAGAGAUUUUUUUCACGGCCUAUCAACAUUAGCAGAAUGAUGAAGCUCGGAUUGGUAACAAAAAAACUUGAUGCAAAGUGUUCGGUAAAAGAUUAUAAUAUGUAUAGAAAAUACUUGAAGAAAUUAUACAAUGACAGUAUCAAUCUAGAAAUCAAACAUAGGGCGAGUAUGGAUUUAGAAAGAAAAACUUUGUACUUUACUGAGAAACUUGCUGAAAAAGAUGUUGAAAGAAUCAAGGCAAGAGAAACAAGGAUGGAAGCCACAAGUUUGUUGCUAGAAAAGAACAGACUUGAAGAAGAAGAAAAGAUGCAGAAACAGAAAGAAAGACAAAUAAAAACUGAACAGAGACUUAAAGAUCUUGAAUUAAGAAAAAUGCAGGACAAAAAAAUUCGCAUUCAAAAGGCUUGGGAAGAAGCAGAGAUUUUGAGGCGAAAACGUGAAGCAGCUGCAUACAUUGAGCGUCAAAAAAUAGUCAAAACAUUGAAACAAUGGAGAGACAGUGAGUAUCAACGUAAAACAGCUAGGGCACGAAGACAACUUGAGGAGAAGCAAGCGAAGCAAAUGGCUGUGGAAGAAAAAUGGAGGCUGAGGCAAGAAAUGCAAAGAAAACAAAUGGAAAGAGAAAAGUUUUUACAGCGGUGUUCAAUUGAAAAACGUGCAAUUAAUAUCAAAGCAUACGACGCUAAAGUCAACAGAGAACGGGCAAGAAUGCAAAGAAUGGGAGAGCAGUAUAAAAUGUUCAUAAAAUGUUACGCAAGUAGGCAUGUGGCUGGUCAAAGAGAUGGAACGUGUUGCAUAAAACUGCGUCAGAAGCGUAAGAUGAAUGGGAAGGGCGACAUCAAUUCAUGUUCCGGUAAAACAUAUAAGUAUAAGAAUAAGAAGCCGGAUACUGAAAUGAAAGUGCAUGUUAAGAAGAAAAAACAAAAGAAACGGAAACACAAGAAAAAGAAACGAAUUGUAAAACCACUGUCACAGCCUGAGCCUGAGGAAAUGUGCACAGGAACUGAAACACCUUUUUUAUGCAUACAAGAACAACCUGUAUCGAAAGAUAAAUGUGAAUGUGAGAAGGUCAAGGCAGAAUGGCUUCAACGCCAACAAAUCAGUACUUAAUUUUCGGAUUUUCAUAUCAUCCUAUAAAUAUUUAAGCCAUGUCUGGUAUAAUGAACAAACUUGGCAAAAAAAUAGAAUAAUAAUUCAUGUUAUUAAUUGAGUUUACGUAUAAAAGUUGUGCCUGUGAUCAUUCUAUAAUAUAUAUUAGUUCAAAAGAAAUUCUAAUUGAGGCAAUCAGCGAAACGUUUACAAACAGUCUUUUUAUACGAAAAAUGGAUUGAAAUUUUAUUCAUUUCAUUGAAUGACUUGCGCUGAGUUUUACUCAUAUAUCGAUACAAGGGGGUAGAUACCGAAAAAUCUUGUAGUGCUUACGGAAAUAGCUCGUUUCACAGCAGCGCAGAGAGCAAAGUAUCCAGUAUUAUUUUGUACUUUCCAUUUUGUAUCAUCUCCUUCAGGCCAAAAACAGAAAUUCAAAGUAUCCAGUA